UUGUUGGGGGAAUCGAUGGUUUUUCUUACCUCCGUCCCUGCUCUCUUCGCCAAUUGGCCAGCGUGGAGGUGAGAGAGACCCGCUCGCUCUGUUCUUUUUCUCUUGGCGGGUUCUGACUCGCACCAGGAGCAGGUUUAUGCAUCCAGAAUUGCUGCAUCAUGAUCAUGAUUGAAAGUGUUGAUUCUCUGGUUACUGUUUCCAGCCAGGACCUCUGGACUGAAAUUUGUUCAUCUCUGCCACAUCCAGACCAGAAUGAAGAAUCCAAUAAUGCAUUUUCAGAUUCCUUUGCAGAUUCUUAUCUUCACGUGAUGGAGAAUCAGAUGGAAGCAAAAGGCCCCUCUUUGCAAAUGAAUGGGAAGCCCUGGGUACCACUGAAAGAUUCAGAAGUCUACUUGGCAUCUUUAGAGAGAAGAUUAAUGAGAAUAAAGGGUUUGUCUCAGGAACUGACAUCCAAAGAUAUCCUUCAUACACUUUCUCAGGCUAAGAAAGAAAGCUGGGACAGGUUUCUGCAGGAGAACUCUGAAUCUGACUUUUAUAUGGAGGGAACGGAUUCUGAUGAGAGUACUUUGGAAUACCUGAAACGUUGGCUUCAACCAGAGAAGGUGGCAGUCAGCAGUGAGGAGAUACAGUAUCUGAUUCCCCUUGGAGCCCCUCCUGAGAAGCAGGAGGCCGAAGAAGAGGAAGAAGCUACACCUGUUGAACAGUGAAUGGGUCCUGGGUCCUUGUCUCCAGCGCAGAUAGAUGGCUGUUGGCAGUUUGGGUCAAAAUACCAAAAGAAUGAUAGAUUUUGAUUGAAAUAGACCUUGUGGGUUUUUCUCUCCGCCAAAGUUUAUAAUGUACAGAUUCUGGUUUAAAGUCAUAUAAUGUUGCAGAUUUAAAUUAAUUGUGCGUGAUUUGUGAAGGCAACGAAACGCGGUAGAAUAACUGAAUUUGGCAAACAGGUUUAAAUCCUCUUCCCUGAACUGCGGAGAAGGUUUUGCACUUAAAUGAUCAUCUAUGGAAAAAUGCUUAGCAAUACUUUCCUCGCAGAACGUAAUUUCCUCAUUCACAACUCCCCCGAUUUACCCGUGGGUAUCUUUUUCCCCAACUUGGAAAAAAAAAAAAAAAAAAGAACCCCAAUCCUGAAGACCUGUAACCUUUUCCCCCGGGAAAUGAAAAAUGUCUGCCACCAUUGUUUCUGGCUAAAGCCAAACCCAAGCCACUGCAGAGUUUCAUCCUUCGCUAGGGUAAGCAAAAACACAAGAAAUUCUGGGUGGAAAAAGAAAAAAAAAAUUACUAUUUUGUGCAGCUUUUUUUCUGUUGUGGCUAUUUCUUUUCUUUUUUAACCAUUCAUUUCAUCUAAGAAUUGAUGUUACCAUCUUUUCAAAUAUUUUUUUUGUCUGUUUUGGCUAAUAAUUAUUCACGUUUUUCUUCCUCGUUUGUUUUGCUGCAAAAAGUAAAAGACAAUGCAUAAUGAAAAAAAAACAGAGCUGUCAGUUAAAUGAAGAAGACAACAUUUGAUACGAGGGCAGAGCAGAAAUUAUAGUUUUUGUACUAACCCAACAUGUCCCCAUUUCAUUUUUUUUUUUUACUGGUGGGGGGGAAAGACUGACAGGAGGUAAUUCUCCUGUUCAAUGCCAUUUUAUCACCAAGCCUUUACAAUUUUUGCCUCCAAUACCUCUUGUCAUUGGUUUGCUGUCUAUUAUAGGUUGUUUUGGAGAUUUUUUAAAAUUUGCUUUUUUUGUUUUUCUUUUCUAUUUACAUGGAAAUUAUCAUUAACAGCUAUGUAUGGAAAUAACUGAGGACCGGAGCUAUCUGAAUUUCAUUGUUUAUCAAUUAGUAAAAUUAUGUAGUCAAAUCUGAGAGGCUACAUGCCACGUUAAUGGGUCUGAGAAAGCAGCAAAACAACUUACCGUAUUUUUUUUUUAAGAAUGCAACAACUCUUUGUGUUGAUUUAACAGUAAGACAGUACAUAAUUAUACAGUGAUACAAUACUCCCACUGUGGGGCUUGGGUUUUUUUGCACUGAAAUUCUCAACUGGAAGUUUUGAUGUCUUUUUAAAUACAUGUCAUUGUUAUUUCUUCUCCAAAAUUGUAGAGAUACCUUGUUUUACUAAACAGAUCAGGAAAUAAAAGUUCACCAAAUGUAUUACACAAGUUGUUGAAAACUUGAGAAGUUUACAUAUUACUUCUUUACUGAAUUGAUUUCAAAUGUAGCCUAACUGGAUUUUCUGAAUCUGGUAAUAUAAUAUGAAUAGUGGAUUGUAUAUUUUGGUUUUGCUUUGUCUGUAGUCUGAAUAUUGUCUACUUGUAUAAUUAAGACUCUAUU